AUUAUCUUUGUUUCUACUUCUACAACUUCAUCUCUGUUUCUUAACUGUCGCCUCCGUGUUCACCUCGUGUUCCAGCACACCCCAGACGAUACACACACCUAUACAUACAAACAAUCAAAUUGUUUUCAUUUCUCAAUUCAAACAAAUUAAAUUGUAUUAAUUAAUUUAUUUACUUUGAGCUGAAAAUUCAAUACAACUAAUUUGAAUUCAGUUCCUAAAGCUGCAAUCUCGAGCUUAAAUUUGACUUAUUUGAUUAAUUAUAUGAUAUGACCCUGAGUUUUGUUGUGUGAGCAAAACGAUGUCGUUUUACAUCGGGCGCGAGGCUUCGAAGUUGUGGAAGAGGAUAUGUGCGGAAACUAGUACGGAGCUUAAGUUACUUUUCGAGAACUGGAAGUAUCUUCUCGGCGGACUAAUUUGUCAGUAUAUACAUGGGCUGGCUGCUCGCGGAGUGCAUUAUUUCCAUCGACCAGGCCCCAUUUUGCAAGAUGUUGGCUAUUAUCUUCUUCCAGAACUAGGGAUAGAAAGAGCAUACAUCAGUGAAACUGUGUUUACCUUCAUCUUUGCGUCUUUUGUGUUGUGGACUUUCCAUCCUUUUAUCCUCAAGAACAAGAAAAUCUACACAGUUCUUUUGUGGUGCAGGGUUCUGGCCUUUCUAUUUGGUUGUCAAAUUCUUCGAAUCAUAACAUUCUAUUCUACUCAACUUCCUGGUCCAAACUACCAUUGCCGCGAGGGUUCUAAGUUUGCGACACUUCCUUUACCUGAUAACAUUCUAGAAGUUUUUGUAAUUAUUCCUCGGGGAGUGCUUUAUGGCUGUGGUGAUUUGAUAUUUUCAUCUCAUAUGAUAUUCUCUCUAGUGUUUGUACGCACGUAUCAGAAAUAUGGAACACGGAGAUUUAUAAAGCAGUGUGCUUGGUUGACAGUCAUUAUCCAGAGCCUCCUGAUAAUUGCUUCCCGCAAACAUUACACAGUCGAUGUUGUUGUUGCUUGGUAUACUGUCAAUUUGGUGGUGUACUUUAUCGAUCAUAAAUUACCAGAGCUGCCUGAUCGCAGUUCAUCUGCAUUGCUGCUUCCAGUGAGUAAAGAUAGCCGAGUAAAAGAAGAGAAUCACAAGCUCCUAAAUGGAAAUUCUGUAGAUCAGGCAGAUUGGAGGUCGAGAACUCAGACAAAUGGCAAAGUGCAAGAACUGGCGAAUGUGGUGCACACCGAGCCAGCAAUGAAUGGUCAAUAGAAAGUGCAAGCUGCUGCAGGGAAAGUAUUUCUGGAUCCAACCAAUCGUCUCAGUGAUUUGCAGUUGUAAUUCUAAAAUCAAGCAGUAAAGGUCUUGCUUUCGGAUGUUGUGGCUUAAACUUUUGAGUUCGAACCCCACAGGUUAACCUUGUUCAUCAUUAUGUACAUGCAUCCCGUCUAAUAUGGCAAUUUUAGUUCUAAUUGUUUCAA